GAAGUCUACUGAAACAAAUUUGUUACAGCAGUGGUUUUCAAAGUGCGGCCCUUAAGUCACCAUCAUCACAAUCAAUAUGAAUUCUUGGUCCUUCACCCCAGAGCUACAUCGUCUGAAACUGAGUUUGGAACCUAGUCGCUUGUAACACGACUUAUUCUGUUGCCCACUCAAAAUACAGAAGUAUUGGAGCACCCCAGCCCACCCAGUUCAAGAUCUCCAGGAGUGGUCUGUUUUCCUUUCCUACAUGUGCACACCAGUGAUGCCCACAGCAGCAUCCCCUUCCCCACUCCCCUCAAAGGCCUCCCCUAGGGCAUCUAUGCUGGACAGAAAAGGAGAGGCACCUCCAUUGAAUCUGUUUGCAGGGUGGUCUGGCUUUCUCUAGCCUGUCAGGGUGCCAGAGGUGAACCAUGCCAUCCCUCAAACUAGCAGCCCCCUAGCUUGCUCACCUCCAGCAGGAAAAGGGGAUGAUGUAGGCCGGCUUUUCUGGGGUACCAGGCUAGCGUCCCGCCCCGCGCUCCUGCGUAAAUAGGCGGUUCCUUCGGCAACGCCUGGAACCCACGUCAAGGUUCCACCAGUCCCGGGUGGUGACCGAGUCCCACCCACUCCCCGCGGCUUCUGUUCUGGUCCGCACAACCUUUCACCCUGCUGCGGGAUGAGCAGAGCGGCGGCCUGCCCGGGAACCUAUGGAGGAGCAGGCGCGGCCGCCGAGCCGCCCGGCUGCGAGUGCAACCUUGCCGGGUAGCGCACAUCCCGGAGGGGCGGCUUCCACGGCCACCGCGGCCGCGCUGUCGUUCAGCUCCGUAGCCACCGUAACGCUGGGAAACCAGAGCGAUGCGGGCAGGCCGGAGGCGGCUGGGUCUCGGGGACCCACACCACUGCUUUGGCACGGGGCAGCAGUGGCCGCCCAGGCGCUCGUGCUCCUGCUCAUCUUCUUACUGUCUAGCCUGGGAAACUGCGCGGUGAUGGGGGUGAUCGUGAAGCACCGGCAGCUGCGCACGGUCACCAACGCCUUCAUCCUAUCGCUGUCCCUGUCGGACCUGCUCACUGCGCUGCUCUGCUUACCCGCCGCCUUCCUCGACCUGUUUGCGCCGCCCGGAGACUCGGGGCCCUGGCGCAGCUUCUGCGCCGCCAGCCGCUUCUUCAGUUCGUGUUUCGGCAUCGUCUCCACGUUCAGCGUGGCGCUCAUCUCGUUGGACCGCUACUGCGCCAUCGUGCGGCCGCCGCGGGACAAGCUAGGCCGGCGGCGCGCGCUGCAGCUGCUGGCCGGAGCGUGGCUGGCUGCGCUCGGCUUCUCCCUGCCCUGGGAGCUGCUCCGGGCACCCCGGGAGCCCCCGACUCCGCAGAGCUUCCACCGCUGCCUUUACAGAACCUCCCCAGACCCUGCGCAGCUGGGCGCCGCUUACAGCGUGGGGCUGGUGGUGGCUUGCUACCUGCUGCCCUUCCUGCUGAUGUGUUUCUGCCGCUACCAUAUCUGCAAGACGGUGCGCCUGUCGGACGUGCGUGUGCGGCCGAUGACCACCUAUGCGCGCGUGCUGCGCUUUUUCAGCGAGGUGCGCACGGCCACCACCGUGCUCAUCAUGAUUGUCUUUGUCAUCUGCUGCUGGGGCCCCUACUGCUUCCUGGUGUUGUUGGCUGCUACCCGGCAGGGUCAGGCCACACAGGCUCCCUCGCUGCUCAAUGUGGCAGCUGUUUGGCUGACCUGGGCCAAUGGAGCUAUCAACCCGGUCAUAUAUGCCAUCCGCAACCCUAACAUUUCUAUGCUCCUAGGUCGCAACCGCGAAGAGGGGUAUAGGACUAGAAACAUGGAUGUUUUUUUGCCUAGCCAAGGCCUAGGUUUUCAGGCCAGAAGUCGCAAUCGCCUUCGAAAUGGCUGUGCCAACAGGCUUGGGGCUUGCAGCAGGAUGCCUUCUUCCAACCCUGCUAGUGGGUCAGGAGGGGAAGUGGUCAUGUGGGCUCGAAAAAACCCAGUUGUGCUCUUCUUCCGAGAGGAUCCACCAGACCCAGUUAUGGCAGUCGGCAAACAGCAUAAAUCUGAAACCAGGGACAGUAGCAUCUAAGAAGGGUUGGGGUGGACCGCUUGUAACAGCAAAUUUCCACUCGUCUCGUUGAAUGAUGCGGGAAUCCGGGGAGAAUCGUUUAUUUCAUAAAGCCAAACAUUUAAAGCUAAAAAGACAGAAGUGGGAGAGUUACCGCUUCAUUCUCAAACAUAAAAGACGUAAAGGACAUUCCCUUUUUUCAAAAGUGGCCAAAGGAAUGUGAAAUGCAAAAAUUAAAAUAAUCUUAAACCACAAAACCAAGCAUUGUAAGGUGUAAGUGCUAAAAAGCAACAAAAAUAAAAUUCACAGUUACUGAAGA